AGCCAUUUUUUAAAAAUGUUUUUCUUAUUUACCUCGUUCACAGGGGCAGUGAUGAGUUUGGGAUCAUCAGUGAUGGAGGCAGGGCCGAGAGCCAGUGGAGCAGGCAGAGCUGAUGUGGCGACUGAUGCCAGGUGUUGGGUGGAGGGGUGAAGUGGAUAUUUCUGCUGGACACUAAAUAUGCUCUUAGAAAAAAGAUCCUUUCAUUGAGUUUUGUAGCAGACCAGACAGGCUUCGAUUGUCAAGGCUGGCAUCAGUGUGCUGGACACAAGAGCCAGACUGUUAAAGCAGAAUGAUGGUGGUAGAAGUGAAGGUGGCUGAGCACCUUGAUCCUGUUAUCAGAGCUCUGUGGGAGACCAGGGGGCCUGGGACCAAGAGCUCCAGUCAGAGGGAAGACUCAGCUCCACAGAAAGACAGCCUCAGGCCUGAGAGUUCUUGCUGGCACUUCCGGAACUUCCGCUACCGGGAAGCAGCUGGACCCCGUGAGGCCGUCAGCCGACUUCAGGAAUUAUGUCGUCUGUGGCUCAGGCCAGACGUCCACUCCAAGGAGCAGAUCUUGGAACUGCUGGUGUUAGAGCAGCUGUUGACCAUCCUACCCAGAGAGAUGCAGACCCAGAUGCAGAAGCACCAUCUGCAAGACCUCGAGGAGGCUGUGGUCCUGCUGGAACACUUGCAGAGAGAGGCUGGAAAGGCGAGGAGCUCGGCUACAGUCGGUGAGCUGGGAGAGGCGGCAGCACCCUUGGGAGAAACAGCUGAGGUCUCAGCCUUCCAGUCAGAGGCAUCUGAGACUCAACCUGUAAGCAAGUCCCUAGAUGGAGAAACUUGGAAUCCAUACCAGCGUCAACAAGAACAGCUGUGCAGGAUUACUGAGAAAGAAACUGAACCUGUUUUUGAGAGAGCUGCGCCUGCUCAGCAGAUGCUAGCCUUUGCCGAGCAGACAAACACUAAAGACUGGCCAGUGGCGCCCGAGCUCGUCGUGCCAGAGUCCCAGAGCUUGUUGUGUUUUGAAGAAGUGGCCGUGUAUUUUUCCCAGGAAGAAUGGGAGUCGUUGGAACCCACUGAGAAGGCCCUUUACGUUGAUGUAAUGCAGGAGAACUAUGAGGCUGUCGUCUCUGUAGCUGUGCCUGCUCAACAGAUUCUAGCCUUUCCUGAGCAGACAAACACCAAACACUGGACAGUGGCGCCCAAGCACAUCUUGCCAGAGUCCCAGAGCUUGUUGUGUUUUGAAGAAGUGGCCGUGUAUUUUUCCCAGGAAGAAUGGGAGUUAUUGGAACCCACUGAGAAGGCCCUUUACGUUGAUGUAAUGCAGGAGAACUAUGAGGCUGUCGUCUCUGUAGCCUUAUUUGUGCUUCCUAAACCGAAAGUGAUCUCCUGCUUGGAGCACGGGGAGGAGCCCUGGGUUCAGGGAGCCCUGGAGUUCCAGCCAAGUCUUGGGGAGUCUCCUACAGAUAAAGACCUCGUGAGGAGAGGAGGAUUGAAACUCAGAGAUGACACUGAGAAUUGUCAGCCUCCAGGUCUUUCUGAGUUACAAAUACCAUCUCCAGGAAACAUGGCAUCCAAGAAGGCCAGAGAGAAAGUUGUCCAGAAAAUAACAGGCAAAGAAAAUCAUGGUGAUGCACAGAGCGUGGGGAGGUGUCAGCGAGAAUUUCCAGUGAAGAAAAGAAAGAAACGCUCCACCUGGAAACAAGAACUACUGAAGCUUAUGAAUCUUCACAAGAAAAACCGUGCUGGAGAGAAGCCUUUUAAAUGUCAGGAAUGUGGGAAAAGCUUCAAAGUUAGCUCUGAUCUUAUUAAGCACCAAAGGAUCCACACUGAGGAAAAACCUUACAAAUGUCAGCAGUGUGAAAAGAGGUUUAGAUGGAGUUCUGAUCUCAAUAAGCACUUAACAACACACCAAGGAAUAAAGCCAUAUAAGUGCUCAUGGUGUGGGAAAAGCUUCAGUCAAAAUACAAAUCUGCACACACACCAACGAACUCAUACUGGAGAGAAGCCCUUUACUUGUCAUGAAUGUGGAAAAAAAUUUAGUCAAAAUUCCCACCUUAUUAAGCACCGGAGAACCCACACAGGUGAGCAGCCUUAUUCCUGUGGCGUGUGCAAGAGGAACUUCAGCAGGCGGUCAAGCCUUCUUAGACACCAGAAGCUCCACCAAUAAAGGGAGCUUGUCCUAUGUCCUCAAUGUAAAGAAAUUCACCAAAUGGAGACACUGGUGUGUGUGUGUGUGUGUGUGUGUGUAAAACACACGUAGAUUCGUGAGGCAUCAAUGACUUGUCAUUGUUCAGAAAUGUGGUAUAAUGAUUCUCAAAUGGAAUCAAGGUGGGCUAUGCAGGGAAUAGUUGUACUGCUUGCUGUCUUUUACUUGUAACUGUCAGAAGUCACUUAUCCAGAGAUGUGUUCCCAGAGCAUUCUGAAUAAGGGAAAAGGAUGCUUGGGGAGUAUGUCUCUGAAAAAUUGGCAAAAUCAGUUUUGAAGCAGAUGCAGUUAUUGUCUUCUGUGGUCACUCUUAAACACAUAUGAUAGAAACAUUUGUAGCUGGCCUUGUAAAACAAAAAGCACUAAUAUGUAUGUUCAUUGUGUAUGUUUUACUAUUCAGGGUAGCAUGCUUACCAGUUUCAGGAAUUUCAUGGAGCAGAAAUGAAUUGUAAUGCCGAGUGUUCCAAGAACAAAAUUAUUCUUUUCUCUUGUAGUCACUGUUGACAAAGGUGGACUCACUUGAAUUUCUUCUUGAACUUUUUAGCUCUUUUGGCUCUUAAAUUCUCUUAACACAAUUUUUACUAUGGUGAAAAUCUAUUUAUCUCACCAUUAGGGAAUCUACCAGCUGAACUAAAAAUGCACUAUUUUAUGGUUCUCAUUGGUGGUGUUUGAAAAUUGGAUAACACCUUUAACGAGGACAUAUUGAAACGGGUAGGAACUUGUAGCCAUGGGAUAUUAUAUUAGAUGUAAAGAAUUUGAUACAAUAAGUGAAAUUAGACUGUUUACUUACCUCAUAAUGUCAGUAGGGUAAAGCAGCCAUAAAAAUGAGCACUUCCUAAAACCUGAAAGAAGAUAGAUUAAUAUCUCAGGCUUUUAUUUACAUUUUUAAUUUGACUUCUGUUUGUUAUUAAGAACAUGAGUGCUUUUUUUUGGUUGUUUGUUUUAAUGAAAAGUGUAAUAUGUGUAUCCUGCAGGCAGGAUUCUGUGGCUUCUUGCUGUGGAGACCUGGGCAUCCAGGGAGGAGACCAGGUUCCUGAUAGGAAAGGUUGGUUGGGUGAGGGAGGGCAAGCCCGUGUCUGUUGUUGAGUUUUACUGUACCAGGGUCUGCCCAGGUGUCCUUUCCAGCACAGCAUUUAACAGAAGGCUUGUGAAAUAACUUUACUGGGCUGCUGAAAGUCUGUUGCCUGUGCAUUUUCUUACACUAUCUAUUUCAUUAUAACGGUGACUCAGGUAUGUUCUUGUUAGGGAUUUUAGGUGUAUCAGGAAAGAGGUUAGAGAAAUCAUCUCUUCCAAAUC